GCGAAAAACGCACAGCAAACUCUAGCACGUUCGCGUCGCACUUUCCGGUUUGAGCGCUAAAAAGAAAAUCUUUGUCCAGGAUUUUCAGAUUUGUCUUUAUGGGCUGCAUGAUGGGAAGGAAUACCCGGGAAACGAAAUAUAAUUUGAUACCCUUUCUUAAUCCUCCUUUAUUCUUUCUAUUUCAUUCUUCUCUACUUUAUUGCUACGUACAACGCAACAAGAACACUCGACAGUUUCAAACAGAACGACUUGAAGCAGAAAAUGAUGAUAAACACCUUGCCACCUAUCUCGUCAGACGAACUCAUGACGGAGAUUACCCCUGUGUCUACCCCAACCGACCAGCUCUCAAGCUGGCCGGAACAUCCUCGUUAUGGAAGAACUGCUUCAGUGUCGAGUAUUGCCUCUUCGAUGUCAAACUUCCCCAUGGGCCAGCAACAGGAUUUUUCAUACCAGCAAUUUGCAUCCCACUAUAAGCUGUCAGAUGUCUUUGAAAGACAUCUGUACGACGUUUAUCAAAGAUACCAUGCUAACCCUGAAAUUACUCCUUUUCAGAUAAACAACCCACCUUCAGGGGUGUUGAACCGUGUAUCCAAGGAUGCCUUAAUCACUGCCGAAGAACAAGGCAUGGAGAUUGGUAUAGAGAUUAACAACUACUCGUUGGCCAUCAUUAGACAAAAGUUAAUCCAACUUUGUCGUUCAUCCUCAAUAUGCUCCUCUUCAUCAUCUGGCACCAACAUUAUUAUGUCACAAUCCAGAAACAACUCGGUUUCGUCGGUGAAUACACCGCUCAACAACUUCCCAACGCUCAACCUCAAUACAAAGUUCAACCAGAUUGGUGGAUUCAACCAAACAGCCCCACAAAGCCCAUGGGAGUCUCGAACCAGCAUGGAGCCACAACAAAGCGGUGGUUAUUUCUCCUUUGAAGCACCUCCACAGUUUGCAAGAGAUCAGAUACAGGCUCCACAGCUUCAGCCUUCUUUCCUACACGAGCAGAUUCAACAACAGCAAUUACAAGAACAGAUGAAACAGGCCGAAGUUGUUAUUCCAGAGUUGUUCAACGCAACGAGCAAUAGAAAGAGAGAGAGUUUGAGGUUGAAGAGAAGUGGAAGUGCAGUGACGUAUAACUAAAAAGAGAGUGUUGAUUUCCACUUUCAUGCGUCAUUCACUUUGUCUCAAUUUAACGACUGCAUAGACAACCACGAUUAACAACGGCCCCCUAUAAUCAUUUCUCUAAUAAUUAUUGGACAAUAGUGUACAUAAUUACGUGCUCAGUUGCUUUUUUGUCUUCUUCUUGGUGACCUUUACCCAUUCGUUUUCCCUCAUUAAUACUACAGUUACAUAUGAAUCAUUAUGAGUUUAUUCAAUCG